CUGCACCCGACAACGCCACGGAGUGAAGGAAGAGGGAGAGAGAGAAGGUGGCAGUGUGUGUGCGCGCGUGUACGUGUGUGUGUGCGUGUCUACAGGUAGCAGUGGCGGCGGCGGCGGCGGCGGGGACCGGAGCAGGGGACGCAUCUGCAGCCACCUCCCCGCCUAUGAUUUUCGGAGGCGAUUGCUCACUUAGCUGAGGAUCUGUAGCCCCGGGAGAUCUUCUCAUCCUCUCCAUUUCCAAGCUUCAUAGGUGUCUUCCAGUUUCAAGUGUGUGUUUUGGGUAUUUUAUUUUUAAUUUUUUUCCUUCUCCCUCUAAAUCUUCUCGGAAAUUCUGCAUGUCGAAGCAGGUGGCUCCUGGUACGAAAUCUCUGGAUACAUUUGGCUUGCCAAGUUUUGCUCUUCGCUGUUCCCUCCCGCUUACAGAAGCAUCUGUGGUGCUUUUCUUUUUGGAUUUACGUGCAGAAAACGUAUAUAUGUUUAUAUACCGACCGCAUAAUAUAUAAAUACAUAUACGCGUGCCCAAGCGCCUGGUUUUCGUCUCUCCUCCCCACAAAGCGGAAUGUUUUGGAGCCGAUGGAUAACAAGAACACGAUUAACAUUCUUUUGAGCCUGUUUUUUAAAAGGGGGAGGGAGCGUGAAGAAUUGUUUAACAUUCGGCCAUCGUUUGGCUGCACACUAAACACCACGAAGUAUUUAUGGUUGCAGAUCAGGUGCAAACGGGGCUUAGAGAGAAAGGAUAUAGACCCGCAGCUAACUGGAUUUGAUUUAUAAGAGAGAAAACUACAGUCAAUGCCCAUUCUUGCCACAUUGCUAAUAUGGAAAACAGAAUGUUGAAUAGGAUAUGGUCUGAUAAAGAGUGAUGAUUGAAGAUGCUGCUCCAAUACAUGUGAAAUCAAUGGGAGAUACCUGCUGUCUGAAGAUCUUUCAGAGCUUUUCUCGACAAGCUCCCCUUUAAGAAAUCGGAGGUAUAUUCUACCAUUAUACGGUCUUUCUCAAGUGGAUAUAUAUACGUUUGCCUCACUGUAAGCAGACAACUAGACACCUAAUGUGGGACCAUGGCACUGCCCAGAUGCACGUGGCAAAAUUAUGUUUGGAGAGCAGUGAUGGCAUGUGUGGUACACAGGGGACUGGGUGCCCCAUUGACUCUCUGUAUGUUGGGAUGUUUGCUUCAGGCUGGUCAUGUGCUAUCACAAAAAUUGGAUGAUGUGGACCCACUGGUGACUACCAACUUUGGAAAGAUAAGAGGGAUUAAGAAGGAACUCAAUAAUGAAAUUUUGGGGCCUGUUAUUCAAUUUCUUGGGGUUCCAUAUGCAGCCCCACCAACAGGGGAACGUCGUUUUCAGCCUCCAGAACCACCAUCUCCCUGGUCAGAUAUCAGAAAUGCCACUCAAUUUGCUCCUGUGUGUCCCCAGAAUAUCAUUGAUGGCAGACUGCCAGAAGUCAUGCUUCCUGUGUGGUUUACUAAUAACUUGGAUGUGGUUUCAUCAUAUGUACAAGACCAGAGUGAAGACUGCCUAUAUCUAAAUAUAUAUGUCCCAACUGAGGAUGUAAAAAGAAUAUCCAAGGAAUGUGCCAGAAAGCCCGGCAAGAAAAUAUGUAGAAAAGGAGGUCCCCUUACAAAGAAACAGACAGAUGAUUUAGGUGAUAAUGACGGUGCUGAAGAUGAAGAUAUUCGGGACAGUGGGGGUCCCAAACCAGUGAUGGUGUAUAUCCAUGGUGGCUCAUAUAUGGAAGGUACUGGAAAUUUAUAUGAUGGAAGUGUCUUGGCAAGUUAUGGCAAUGUGAUCGUCAUCACAGUCAACUAUCGACUUGGGGUACUUGGUUUCUUGAGUACAGGGGAUCAGGCUGCAAAGGGGAACUAUGGACUCCUUGAUCUCAUACAAGCUUUAAGAUGGACUAGUGAAAACAUUGGAUUCUUUGGUGGUGACCCCUUAAGAAUCACUGUUUUUGGAUCUGGUGCUGGGGGUUCAUGUGUCAAUCUGCUGACUUUAUCCCAUUAUUCUGAAGGUAACCGUUGGAGCAAUUCAACCAAAGGACUUUUUCAACGAGCAAUAGCUCAAAGUGGAACAGCCCUUUCCAGCUGGGCUGUUAGUUUUCAACCUGCAAAAUAUGCUAGAAUGUUGGCCACAAAAGUUGGUUGCAAUGUUUCAGAUACAGUAGAGUUAGUGGAAUGCCUACAGAAGAAGCCUUACAAAGAACUUGUUGACCAAGAUAUUCAACCAGCUCGAUACCACAUAGCCUUUGGACCAGUGAUUGAUGGUGAUGUAAUACCAGAUGACCCUCAGAUAUUGAUGGAGCAAGGAGAGUUUCUCAACUACGAUAUAAUGUUAGGAGUGAACCAAGGGGAAGGGUUAAAAUUUGUUGAAAAUAUAGUAGAUAGCGAUGAUGGUAUAUCAGCUAGUGAUUUUGACUUUGCUGUUUCAAAUUUUGUUGAUAAUUUAUAUGGAUAUCCUGAAGGCAAAGAUGUUCUGAGAGAAACCAUUAAGUUCAUGUAUACUGACUGGGCUGACCGUCAUAACCCUGAAACCAGAAGAAAGACAUUAUUGGCUUUGUUUACGGACCAUCAGUGGGUGGCACCAGCUGUAGCCACAGCAGAUCUUCACUCAAACUUUGGUUCACCUACGUACUUCUAUGCCUUUUACCAUCAUUGCCAAACAGAUCAGGUUCCAGCUUGGGCUGAUGCAGCCCAUGGAGACGAGGUUCCCUAUGUACUGGGAAUCCCCAUGAUUGGUCCUACAGAGUUAUUUCCUUGCAAUUUCUCCAAAAAUGAUGUGAUGCUGAGUGCAGUUGUAAUGACAUACUGGACAAAUUUUGCUAAAACUGGUGACCCAAAUCAACCAGUCCCUCAAGACACAAAAUUCAUUCAUACCAAACCCAACCGUUUUGAAGAAGUAGCAUGGACCAGAUAUUCCCAGAAAGACCAACUUUAUCUCCAUAUUGGAUUAAAACCAAGAGUUAAAGAACAUUACAGAGCCAAUAAGGUGAACCUCUGGUUGGAGUUGGUACCUCAUCUGCAUAAUCUCAAUGACAUUUCUCAGUAUACCUCUACAACAACUAAAGUGCCAUCAACUGACAUCACUUUCAGACCUACGAGAAAAAAUUCUGUACCUGUCACGUCAGCCUUUCCCACUGCCAAGCAGGAUGAUCCCAAACAACAACCAAGUCCAUUUUCAGUGGAUCAAAGGGACUACUCAACAGAGCUGAGUGUCACUAUUGCAGUUGGAGCAUCACUGCUGUUUCUGAACAUCUUGGCCUUUGCAGCCCUAUACUACAAAAAGGAUAAGAGGAGACAUGAUGUUCACAGGAGAUGCAGCCCUCAGCGCACUACUACCAAUGAUCUAACCCAUGCACAAGAAGAGGAAAUCAUGUCCCUCCAAAUGAAGCACACUGAUUUGGAUCAUGAAUGUGAGUCCAUCCAUCCACAUGAGGUGGUUCUUCGGACCGCCUGUCCCCCAGAUUACACACUAGCUAUGAGGAGGUCACCUGAUGAUGUUCCCUUAAUGACACCCAACACCAUUACAAUGAUUCCCAACACUAUACCAGGGAUUCAGCCCUUACACACAUUCAACACAUUUACUGGAGGACAGAACAAUACUCUGCCCCAUCCCCAUCCCCACCCCCAUUCACAUUCAACAACCAGGGUAUAGCCAGAUAACAGAAACAAACUAUUUUUUUGAUGGAUUGCAGUAAACGAUUACUGAAGAUUCCUUGGCUUUCAACCUACAAGACUUACUAUUUAAAUAAGGAGGAAUGUUAUGUGAAUAUACAUAUCAAGAACUUUGGGGGUUUUGAAAAAAAUGAAUUGUGUACAUACAAAUCAACUUUAAAAACGAAUUUCAAUUGCUUGAAGCAAUUGUGCCGAAUGAUACUUUUUCAUUCACAUUCAAGAAUUAAUUUUUUGAAGAUUUAAGUUACAUAAUGGAAUUAGGCAUGUGGAACACCAAACAGGAAAGAACUAUGUCUGAAAUAUAAAAAAUAAAAAUAAAAAAACAACUAUGAAUAUGCACAAGGGA